AUGGCAUUCGCACAGACCCAGUUAGAAAAGCGCUAUGGUUGUGCCCUCCAGGUUCUGCAGCAAGCCCUUAACUCUUCUGAGGGCAUUGACUGGACUGUGUGGUACACCACGCUGUUACUUGCGUUGUUUGAGCUUCUCGAAACAUCCAGUCACCAGGCAUGGAUCUUCCACUCGCAGGGCGCGAAGCAUAUCCUCUUGAGCCUAGGUCCGAACAACAUCAAAUCAGACUACGAGAAAAUCCUGCUCGCCGCACAAUGUCAAAUCCUGACAGUCGAAGCAACUUUCUUCAACAGAGACUGCUUCUUAAGCAGCCCGGCAUGGCAGAAAGCUCUCCACACGACGAUAACACAUGACAGCAAGAUUCCCGACCGAUCCGAGCCCGUUGUCACAAUGUGGGCCACUGCAGCCUGUGCACCAGAAUUUUUCAAGAGAGCGACGAAAGCCAUCCGUGACCAUCACCAACCCGAUCAAAUCGCGGAGCUUAGCGACGACCUUUCCGCGCUGUUAGACAGGUGGUGCAAAUGGCGAGAGAAAUGGGAAGGAAGCCUUGUAGGCGAUGACUUUCCUACCCUUCACGACACGACUCUCGCCACUGCAGGCCCUACCAUCUACUCUCAGUUUCUAGCCUUUUGGGCUUUAACCAAUCGAUUUCUUCUAGCUAUUCAACCUCACAGAGCCUCGGUCGCAGAGACGAACGCGGUAGAUGCGGCUCGCCGAAUCCUUGAGUUCGAUCGAUUGAGGCAGGCCGACUCGGUGAUAGACCGGUGUCGCACGUUCUCGGUCAGCAUUGCACGUUCUAUUGAACAAACGACGACGGAGUGGACGAUACAGCAGAACGUAUCCCACGAGUGGAGAACAAUCCAACCUGCCGUGUUUCUACGCUGGAACACUCUGCUCGGGAGGACGAUACAUGAUGAAGCGCAAGACCUUCCGACCAACAAGAUCAAUAUGGCCCAGGCGACGGCUCCUUGA